UUUUUUUCCCUUGCAUCAUUGGCACUGACUGCGCGUGCGCGGUGAUUCGGCAUGGUUCUGUCGCGAAAAGACGCCAGUACUCCUGAGGCGCAGCAGCGGGCAUGACUGAAGCAAGAAACAGCGGACACCCGCCUCCUGCUUUUACUAGCUUCGGCGACGAGGCAAUCCCGAGGACAAGCCGUGAAGACGCCCCGGGUUCUUCAUCCCCUUUGGACAAUUACACUGGAAUUCCUAAUGGCUCCUGGCGUGGCCAACGGAACACGCCCUACUACCCGGCUGACGUCACAUACACCAUGCAUGGGCAUACAGACAUGGCCGAAAACAGAAGCACCGAUUACCGGCCUCCUGUGUCCAGCAGCGGCGGCGAUGAUGCAGUGCCCAGUACAUGCCGCGCUGGCAUGGAGGAAGCAUCAGUCAGUUUGGAAUAUGACGGGAGAAUUCCUAAUGGCACCUGGGGUGGCCAACGAAACAAGCAGUACUACCCGGCCGAAGUCGCAUCCACCACCUACGGGUAUACAAACAUGGCCGGAAACGGAAGCACCGGUUACUGGCCUCCUGUGUCCAGCAGCGGUGGCGAUGAGGCAGUGCCCAGUACAAGCCGUGCCGGCAUAGAGGAAACAUCAGCCAGUUUGGAAAACGACGGGAGACGCCAGUACUGCACAGGCGCCGCAUCGGGCAUGACUGAAGAAAGAAACAGCGGACACACGCCUCCUGCUUUUACUAGCUUCGGCGACGAGGCAAUCCCGAGUACAAGCCGUGAAGACGCCGCGGGUUCUUCAUCCACUUUGGACAAUUACACUAGAUUUCCUAAUGGCUCCUGGGGUGGCCAACGGAACACGCCGUACUACCCGACGGACGUCACAUACACCAUGCAUGGGCAUACAGACAUGGCCGAAAACAGAAGCACCGGUUACCGGCAUCCUGUGUCCAGCAGCGGCGGCGAUGAUGCAGUGCCCAGUACAAGCCGCGCUGGCAUGGAAGAAGCAUCAGCCAAUUUGGAAUAUGACGGGAGAAUUCCCAAUGGCACCUGGGAUGGCCAACGAAACACGCAGUACUACUCGGCCGAAGUCACAUCCACCACCUACGGGUAUACAAACACGGCCGAAAACGGAAGCGCCGGUUACUGGCCUCCUGUGUCCAGCAGCGGUGGCGAUGAGGCAGUGCCCAGUACAAGCGGUGCUGGCAUGGAGGAAGCGUCAGCCUGUUGGAAAACGACGGGAGGUGAGCCCAACUUUUGGAGAAAUCUUUCCAUGGAAGCAACUCAGAGACGACAUGGAAUGCAGCCGGGGGCUCAGUUAUGCGUGCACUAA